UCCCCGCCGUCACCAGCACCGUCCUCGCUGCGCCAUUAGCCUCCCCUCUGCCUCGUCUCCCCCUCGUCACUAGGGUCGCCCUCCUCGCCGAUCUCCUCUGCAUCGUCAGCGUCGUCUCUCUCUCUGCUCCCAACGCUAACUGCAAUGGCUGACGACGAACCCGUUGAUCAAAAGAGAUACCUCGAAGACUCUUGCAAACCAAAGUGUGUCAAACCAUUACUUGAAUAUCAGAGGGUUGCCAUGGCGAUUUCUCCAUCUGGUAUAAACCCGGCAGUUGGCUCAAAACUCUCUCCUGGUUCUCCAGAGUCUCUUACACUAGCCAACUGGAUCUGCUGCAGUUAUAGUUAUUAUUUGGGGGCAGAGUUGCUGAGAUUUGAUUCUCUCAUUGGUGAGUCAGUGCUUAAACAUUUGUGGCAUCAUCAGGAUGCCAUUUUGUGCUGUUCUUUGAAGUCGGUGCCGGUGUUUAUCUUUGCAAACCAGGCUGGCCUUGACAUGUUGGAAACAACUUUGGUGGCUUUACAAGACAUCACAUGGGUAUUUAGAGGAAGUGCCUUGUAUUAACUCCAUCUUGUGAAGGCAGAGAAAGCUAGAAGAUACAUUCCAAAAGAAUUCAAAUAGGUUGAAGCUUUUGGGUAGGUCCAAUAUUGUAAUUUCCUCUCUUUAAAUGCAGCAAUUCUUUUAUGGGUUUGAUCUUUAGGCAAUUUGUAAAUAUUGAAUCCAAGAAAUGUCGUCAGUUUGGAAGACUAACUAUUACUGACGUGAACUCAGGGAUAUUUUUGUUUGAUGUCUUCUGAUUUGCAUUUUAAUCUUUACAAUGAUGGUUGCCCGAUGUCCAGUGUUUCUCCGCGAGCCCAGAGCCACUACUAGACCCUGUUUUACUGUGCACCCACCCUCUGCCACUGUCGCUACCCCAGCGCCACCACUAGGCCGCCACCGUGUUGCUCCGGCCAUUCACUCAUCAUCAUCAAUCUUUCCCUUUCUUUCCCCUGUUCCAAUUCCCUGCUUCCCAGGUUCCCCUUUCAUCUCAUUUAAUCUGGUUUAACUCAUUCUGUUUAGCUUGUUUAGUUCAACUAAUUUAGUUUAGUUGAAUUAGGUGGUUAGAGAAUCUGGACUGGUUAGUGGAUGUAGAUUUUGUUUUGUUUACUGCUGCUGUUCGGAAUGAAUUUGUCUUUCCUCUGAAUGUUGCCCUGGAUGAACUUGUUUAUUGUGCUGUUUUGGUGUUGAAUUCUGGACUUGUGAUUGCUGUUUAUUGUAUUUUUUUUCAUUGUCCAAAAUAGAUGCUGUGAAAGUGUUACUGUUUCAUUAAUUUUUCUUGGUUUGUUGUUGCUGAG